AUGCUUCUAUGUACGACGUACGCGCUCAACAAUUCGGACACUAAGAGGAUGCAGGUUGGAUUGCGCACCACGUACGACAUGGGUCCAUUUGAGCCAACGAUCAGGAUCAUGGGGAACACGUCUUCAGGAAUUCUCCUUGAUUUGAAUACGUGGGAGAAGUUUAAAGACGUUAUACCCUCUGCAAAUUCUUAUUUGUGUGGGGAAAAUGAGAAUACACCAACCCCUAUCAUCAUCAACAAUAUCAGCAUCAACUUUACCUCAGCGUACGGUGCACGAGCUGUAAUGGUGAGUCAGCGAGGGAAAAUGCUGGACGAGAGCGGACCUGCGAAGAAAACAUCGGAGGAGUCUACGCAUCUGAAGCAACCGCCGCUGAAGAAGCGUAAGCUGUAUACAGAGAAUAUUAUAAUGCAGAAAACAUCUUUCGAUGGUCUGCAAACUGUCACAAAAUGUAUCGACACCCGAUACGAGCAGUUACAAGCGGUUGCCGCUCUUUAUUGGAUAAAUGAAUAUACUACACCUAUUGGACUUGGUGUAUUUCAUUCUGGAGUGGAGAUAUAUGGGACAGAAUAUGCAUAUGGUGGUCAUGCUCAACCUAGAAGUGGUAUUUUUGAAAUUACACCAAGGGUAGCUGAAGAAUUAGGUGAACAGUUUAGAUACAGACAAUCUGUUCAUAUUGGAUAUACAGAUUUUACAGAAGAAGAUGUUUCUAGAAUUAUUACAGAAUUAGGCAAAGAUUUCAGAGGAGACCGCUAUCAUCUCAUGAAUAAAAACUGUAAUCACUUCAGUAGUCAAUUUACAUUGAUUCUAUGUGGACAAGAAAUACCUGGUUGGGUAAAUCGUCUUGCAUAUUUUAGUUCAUGUGUACCAUUUCUCCAACGCUGUUUACCAAAGGAAUGGUUAACACCUGAUGCUUUACAACACUCUUUAAGUCAAAUCAGUCAUCAUGAAAGUACACCAUCGGAUACUUCGUUGUAACAUUUACCUAACACUAUUAAUAUACACGGUCUAAAAUACCAUAGGAAUUAUACUUUGUAGGUAAUUAAACGUGGUGAAAAAAUGUUAAUUAGGACUGACUAUAUCGCCAAGAUGUAAAAAUUUGAAAAACUGAACCGUCAACAAAAGGUACAAAUUUAAUAUUGUACACUUGAAUGCGACUGCUGACAAUUAAUACCGAAAAUAUUGCCUUUACUGCAACACGUCGUUUCCUAAUAUUUAGACUGCGAUCUGCAAUAUCGCACGUGUUCUUUGUUGAGUAAUACAGUCAAGAUACGAUAGUUAUAUAACGAAUAAAUAAUUACCUAUAAAUUCGAAUCGAAUGAUUAAGAAAAUCACUCCGGUUGAUGAAAAAAAAUUUAUGUUACGUUCAGAAAUGAUUAUUUUAAAUCAAAAUUUUAUAGGAGUCUUUAAAGACACAGGAAUGCUACAACACGCACAUCCUGAGUAAUAACAGACAUAAUAGAUAUCUACGAUGUUUGUAAAGAUGUGAAAAAAAUUUUUGGAUGUAUAAAGAUGUGAAAAAUUACAUAAUUUGAAAGAGAAUAUAUAAUGAUAGGACAGAAAUUCCAACAUAAUUUUUUUGAAUCUUUAAAAUUACUUUAUCUCCUUUAAAUGUGGUCAAAAUAAUUUUUUAACAAUAUAUUCUUUUCAUUCCUUCACAUCAUAUAAGUUUUCUUAACUCUUAAAUAUCUAAUAUAAUUUACAUGCCAUGUACAUGGUUAUAUAAAUGAGGCGCACAACAAACCUCAA